GUAGACUAAGGUUUUAGGCUACAUUACAAUCUCCUUUCUAAACAAACCAGAAUCGAGCACAAGACCAAAGACCCUAUAAAAUAGGUACACACACAGACACACCCAAAGUUACAUUUACAAAGCUUUAAAAGCCCUUCGGGUUAAUCAAAACCUGUAGUCGAGUUUGUUAACGACUGACAACGCGCAUAAAUCCUCCAGUGCAUAAUACACACCCCCUCCACCCCCCAUCUCGGGAAGCCGUAACUCUGGAUACGACAAAACACAAACAUUUCCACCGACAGCUAAAAUGUAGGCUAAUGUCUUUCACCAGAAAACAUGGAAUUUGGGCUGUGAAUUUACUAACAACUUACAACACACGACUUACUUCUCUAACGUGUCGCGCGGAAAAGUCAUGCCACGACAUCCUUCUGAAGAUUUCUGUGUCGCGGGUGUCAGGUAUUUUUCUCCACACAAGGGGGAGGUGAACUGCUGCGCGUUCUCUCCCGCCUGUGACAUCAUCCUCACGUGCUCGGACGACGGCAGCCUUUACCUGUGGGAAGCGUCUAGCGCGGACCUGCUGGCCAAAGCGCGCGGGCACACGGGUCCGGUGAGAUGCUGCGUUUUCUCGAAGGACGGCGGUUUCUUCGCGAGCGCCUCUCAUGACUGCUCCGUGCGAGUCUGGCGCACUCCGAGCCGCGAGUGCGUGCACGUGUUGACGGGUCUGUUUCUCCUCUCACGUGCUCCCUGCGUGCGUGCUGGCUUUAGUAUUCAUUAUUCAUGCGCUCAAGGCCACAGGCGGAGUGUUGAGACGGUGAGCUUCAGUGCUGACGGCAGGAGGCUCGCGUCAGGGGGUUGGGACAACAAGGUGUUCCUCUGGGACGCACAGAGCGGAGAGAAGGAGCGAGAGUUGCUGGCUCACAGUGCUGCUGUUCAGAGCAGUGCAUUCUCCACAGACUCGCAGUGUCUGGCCACAGGCUCUUGGGAUCGCUCAGUGAGGGUGUGGGGUCUCCAUGGUGAUGAGGAAGUUGUGACUUUGGAGGGUCACCGGGGAAACGUGGCCUGCCUGUGCUUCUCCACAGUGGGGCUGCUAGCAUCUGGCUCAUGGGAUGGAACCGUACGCGUGUGGUCGGUGAAGAGCCGCACGUGUGUGUUUGUGCUAGAGGGCAGCGAGCGAGUGUGGGUCAGGUGUGUGGCUUUCUCAACAGAUGGCCUAGUGUUAGCGUCCACCGCUGAGGGAGACACGGUAAAUAUCUGGGAUAUGGUGGAUGGCCGGUGUCUUAAGCAUCUGCAGGGUCAUAAGGACUCUGCCUACGGGUGUGCCUUCAGUCCCAGCGGUGCCCUGCUCACCAGCGGCUCUGAGCAGCUGGACCUGGGAGAUGAAGCAGACCUAUGCAACCAACAGCUGGAGGACGAGGCACAAGAGCACCCCCCCAGAAGACAGAAACAAGUACGAUGGGUCAAGAGAGAUCAUUCACGGACCUUUCAGGCACAGCCAUGAAGUUCCCCAUAAAAUGUUACUAGGAGCUUUUUCACCUUAUUGUUCUGCUCUUACCUUCUGGCAACCAAGGGCAAAGGUUGAUGGAGAUUCACUAAACCUUGACUCAUUUACAUUUACAGGGCAGCUUGAUUUACUUCACCCCUCCAAUCCUAUGAAGGCCCAUGACCCAAGAAAUGUAGUUUAAAAAAACAAACCCAUUGAGCCAAGCAUCUUAAGUGACUAGAUAAAAUACUGGACUACAAUAAAAAGUACAAUUCCUUAUGCUUGGGUUAUAGGUUGAAGUUGAAUAAAGUACCAAAAAUUACAAAACACUUGGAAAAGUAUUUAUACUUAAAAGUACACUGCCACACAAUGUUGUUGUUUGCCACACAGCUCAAAGUUAACAGCACAAAGUAAAACCUUUUCCAGCAGUCCAGACAGUCCACGUCUCCAGACACAGACUUGCUCAUUAAUGGGGCCAUCUCUCACACACACAAAACACACGGCCUCACAUCCAGGGUGGGGUGUUUGUUUUUAUUUGAGUGGAAAACAGAAACAGCAGUACAGCCUCAGGCCUUGACGGCGAAUUUGCGGUUGGAGUACAGACGUGACUUCCUCU